AUGUCGACUGAUCUCAGCGCUAGUUUUGAUGAACAAUACAUUAAUAUAAAUACCAAAUUAAAAAAGCGUUUUAUGCGAAAACCAAAUGUUUCGGAGGCGACUAACGAAUUCGUUGGCUUAGCUAUACAAUGUGAACACUCGGAGCAACCUGCUUUCGCAGGCCAGACCUACGUAGGUGCAGCAAAAUGUGAAGCAUUAGCUGGUAACUACUUAGGAGAAGCGGACCAAUACUUAGCUGCCGCGCGGCAAUUUAUAAAAGCUGAGCAGAAGUUAUUAGCCUUGCGAUUCUACAGCCCGGAUCGAGAGAAUUUGGAGGCUGCUAUUGGUUGCUACAUGCAAGCACUAAGCAAAUACCCCGAGAAGUCAUUAAUUCGCACAUCAAUACUUAUGGAACUUGCUAAUAACUUAUUGUCCUUAAACCACAAGUUAGAGGCAGUUGCUUAUUGUGAGCAGGCCUUGGACACUGUUAGAGAUAGUGCUAUGAAAUUAAUGUAUUCCAGAAACCUUCUUAAUCUUUUGAUUGACUGUGGUAAAUUUGAUACAGCAUUCCACUUGGCCAAUACUAUCUAUGAUUCAAACACUAGCAUACCUGAGGAGGUGUUGUCAGAGAUUCAAUUGAGCAGAGUAUUGUUGGCAUUGCUUGUUGAACCAGAUGAGGGGAGCAAACCUGAAUCCCUGAAGCAAUUGUUUACUAAUUUGAUGAAUGACGUAGAGUGUGAUGCAAUACCCUUCAAUACGGACCUGAGAUUGAAACUCCAGUCUAUUAUUAUCUGCAAUGCAAACUCAGAUUUGCAAUCUCUGAUUAGUGUGGCUGUGGACACCAAGCAAUUUUUGACAACCCAACAGGCAGAAAUGUUGCAGGCAUUAAUCAGUGAAGAGAGGAAUGAACACUUCAACAGC